AUGGGUCCUGCUUAUACCAUAGUGGAUGCGUUCACAGCGACAGCGUUUGCGGGUAAUCCGGCCAGCGUGAUCAUUACGGACACCCCACUCCAAGUGGAACAAAUGCAACUCAUUGCUCGGGUUAGGACUUUCCACGAGUUCAACUUAGCGGAGACCGCGUUCCUCGUUAGAAAGGAGAUUGGCAAGGACGGUAGCUACGCGAGAUUGGCGUUGAGGUGCGGACUUGCGACAUUGGCAUCGGCAAAUGUACUCUUCUCGCAGCUGCCUCCCGCAUGUCAAACGCUCAAAUUUGACACGAAGUCCGGACAGCUGUUCGCCUCUCGCUUGCCCUUCGGUAAAAUUCAGCUCGAAUUUCCGGCCGCUCUACUCAAACUGGCCUCUGGAGAACUCGCAGCACGGGUUAAACGCGUAGUGGAGGAAUGCGCUCCUAGUGGACUCGAGAUUGGCUAUGUCGGACUUGGACAGGGAAUAGGUUUUGAAGGCUUUGUCCUGGCAGAGGUUGCUAGCGGAACAGGACUCAAGGACCUCUCAUUUAACCCUGGACCAGUGAUGCAAUUGGCGCCUGAGCACAAAAUCUUCAUUUUAACCAGUACCGGUCCCGUGUGGGGCCAGAAACCUGAUUCGUAUCCCGCGUAUUCGCUCCCGCGGCAGGUAUUCCCGAAGAUCCAGUGA